AUGAAUAUUGAUACAAAUAAUGAGGAACAACACUCCAACAAUCAAAGGAAUGAAGAUCAAGAAGCUACAAAUGAUUACGCUGUAAAAAUAAUGCAAAUUCAUUCCAACAUUCAUGAUGAUGAGAUACCAAAGGUUAGUAUGGAAUUUGAAACUGAAGAACAAGCUUAUAAUUUUUAUAAUGUUUAUGCUUAUAAGGUUGGUUUUAGCAUACGAAGAAGCAAAAGUCAUAAGGAUAAUGAAAAUGGAAAAAUAAAAAAUAGAACUUUUUGUUGCUCAUGUGAAGGCUUUCGGGAGAAAGAUAAACGAAAUGAUAAUGUGAAAUGUCAUCAUGCUACAACAAGAUUUGGUUGUUUGGCGAGGAUGAAGAUAAAACUUCAUCAAUUUGGAAAAUAUCAAGUUAUUGAAUUUAAUGCAGAGCAUACACAUGUGACUUCAAGCCCCAGUAAGAGUCACUUACAUAGGUCACAAAGAAGAAUAACCCCUGCUCAAGCAUCUGAAAUUGAAAUGGCUGAGAAUUCAGGAAUUGCUCCUAAAGCCAGUAUGGAACUAAUGAUUAGGCGAGCCGGCGGACAUGAAAAUCUUGGAUUUAUUUUGGAUGAUUGUCGAAAUUAUAUACGCACCAAAAGAACAAUCCAAAUGCAUGCAGGAGAUACAUGUGGUGUUCUUGAAUAUCUUCAAAAGAUGAAGUCAAAAGAUCCUAAUUUUUAUUAUGCAUUGCAAGCGGAUGAAGAUGAUUUGUUAACAAAUAUAUUUUGGGCGGAUGCACGAAUGAAGGAAUCAUAUUAUAACUUUGGUGAUGUUGUUAGAUUUGACACAAGUAUUGGGGUAAAUCAUCAUAAACAAACCACUAUAUUUGGGGCUGCAUUGUUAUAUGAUGAAACUACUGAAACAUUUAUGUGA